GUCAGCGGUGAAUACCAACAAACGUCAAGAGGUCGUGUUGGGUUAACAUGUAUAGGUAUCGAAACUAUCGCUAAAAAUUCAUUCAAAAUAACUAUAAAGUUUACCUAAACACCCCCUAGCUCUUCCAUAGACUUCCAAGCAUGUAGCACGGCUAUCAAAACAACUUAAAGUGGUUAAACUCGGACCCAGAACCAAGAUGUCUGGAAUAUGGUAUCACCAAAAGUUAAACCGCCUGGAUACGGAGAAAAUGCUGCUUGAAUUUAAUAAAGAUGGGUCAUUUUUGAUCCGUGACAGUGAGAGCGUGCCUAAUGCUUUCGUUCUUAGUUUGCUAUUUCAAGGGCAUAUCCACCACUAUAGAAUAUUCACCAAAGUAGAUGGAAGAUACUAUAUGCAGGCAGUGCAGGGAGUGGAAAACCAUCACUUUGAUACUCUUGGACAGAUAGUAAACUAUUACAGCCAGCCAGUAAGAGGCCUACCAUGUCAGCUGUCAUACCCAUACCCUGUAGAUACUGGUGAAGAUGAAGAUUCAGAUGAAGAAGAAGAUGAUGAUCUAGAAGAGAAUGAAGAGCCUAACAACGACCAGAAUGCUGCUGCACAAGCGGCAUUCAAACGGCAGAUGAGUGAAGUCAAGAGUGAAAACAGAAUCGAUCAAGAUUUCAAAGAUGCUUUAGGCUACUACCUCGGUGAACCAUUACUGAAGGACCUUCACACUGUAGCAAAUGGUGGACAAGCACUAGAAGGGUUCCAGAAACUACUUGUUAGCUCAUCCCAAGACCUUAUGAAGGAUUUAGCUCUACUGAUCUCGAGGCUGUCUUUUCUCCAAGAAGUUUUUAGUUGCAAAAGUUCUGACAACAAUAGAACAAUAAAAUUUUCUUCUCUGGGCCAAGCAGAUGAGAGUAUGUCAGAAUAUGAGAAACUGUGUCGACUGUUAGCUGACUCUAUCGCUGGAGUAUCAACAGUCCACACACAGGCUCUAAAGUCCAUUGAAUACCUUGUGAAAAUACAAGAAGGAACAGACAAUCAGCCAGAGAAACCACAAAACAGAGUGUUUGAGGUUUCCGAAAAGAGCGUAAGUUUCAGAAGCAAAAGUUAUCUGUCUGUUGACUAUAUUCAAGGGAGAAUUUCCUUCUUAAAGAAUGAAAGAGACGCUCCAGAAACAGGCAACACCAUUGAUCAUAGCAAAAUUACUCAGUUGAUUAAAUCAAGAACCAACAUCAAAAGGCUGAGCAUGAAGAUUGAGUCCAAGCCUAUAAAAGAAUUUGAAUUUGAUGAUGGAAAGUCUCGUGAAGUGUUCUGUCAACUCGUUCAACAAGUCAAGAACCAGAACUCAAAAGACCAGGCUUUGGAACAGAUUUCUGUCUUCGUUGGAACAUGGAACAUGGGUGAUGCAAGCCCUCCUGAAAACCUUUCUUCCUGGUACAAGUGUCAGGGUCAUGGGUCUACACGAGAUACUGAUGUUGCACACUUCGCACAUGAUAUUUAUGCUAUAGGCACACAGGAAUGCUCAUAUAGUGAAAGUAAUUGGAUUUCAAAGAUAAAAAACGACCUUCAUAAUUUGUUUGACAUUGAAUUUAAAACUGUUGGUGUUUGUUCCUUAUGGGGUAUUCGAAUUGUCAUUUUGGUUAAAAUAGCCCACCAGAAUCUAAUCAGUCAUGUUCAACAGUCUUCUGUGAAGACUGGCUUAGCAAAUGCAUUAGGUAACAAGGGUGCUGUUGGCAUCUCAUUCAUGUUUAGCGCUACUUCACUGUGUUUUAUUAACUGUCACUUGGCUGCAAGGAGUACAAGGGUCUUGAGGAGAAACCAAAACUACCAUGACAUUCUGAAGGGUCUUAAUCUUGGCCAGAAAAAUGUGUUUGACCUGACUAACCAGUUUAACCAUGUAUUUUGGUUUGGUGACUUAAACUACAGGAUUGACUUGCAGGUUAUGGAUGUAUUAGAAAAUAUUAAAACCAAUAACCUAUCAAAGAUGAGGGAAUAUGAUCAACUGAAACAAGAAAUCCAGAAGGGCAAUGUCUUUGUUGGAUUUAAGGAAGAACAAAUAAACUUUCUUCCAACAUAUCGUCACAAGCGUGGUGGGAAAGAAUAUGUCUGGGAGAAGACCAAAAGAUCAGGGAUUUUAAUCAAUGUUCCAUCAUGGUGUGACCGUGUUCUGUGUCAUUCUUUCCCUGACACAAAAAUUGCCUGCACCUCGUAUGGUUGUACAGAAAACAUAAGAACAAGUGAUCACUGGCCGGUAUUCAGUACCUUUGAUGUUGGUAUUGUGUCCCAGUAUGCUGCUAAACCUGAGCAAAAUGGAAGUCAGUCUUCAAAAGAAGGUUGCGAAAUUAUUUUUCAUAAGAUUGAGGCAAAGAUCAAGACAAACAGCAAACCUCUUUUCGUCAUUGAAUUCCAUUCCAGCUGCUUAGAAAAAAUGGGGAAGAGCAACCAGAACUCUAUUCCAGGGUAUUCCAAAGCAUCUGGUAACAAGAUUCUCUAUGCUUCACCGGAAUGGGGUCGUCAAGUACUUCCAAAACUCUAUCCCAUCAUCCCAGACAGAGACUAUCUUCAAAAUCAACAUUUAUUACUUGCUAUCAAAUCAGUAGAUAGUGAUGAGUCCUAUGGGGAAUGCUGUAUCUCUUUGAAGGCAAUGAUAGCUGACACUCCUCAGACCUUCACAGCGAAGUUGACUCAUUCCGGCGAAGAAACAGGCAGUCUGAGUGCAGAGAUGCAUGUAAAACUGCUGAAUGCAGGAGAUGGCACAGCUUCUAGCAGCAGAGGGCUUAUCAAGGAAGAUGAUGAUGGUGAUGUUAACAUGAACAAGCUUGCUGUUAAACCAGGCAAGGCUGCCAGAAGAAAGUCCUGUAAAGUAGCCAAGGGAACGAGCCUAGAUAUACCUGUUAAUACAGAGAGUAGAUUCUCAGGUCAUUCUGUUAAGGAUCGUGACCCAGCACCAUUACCCAAAGCCAGACCACGCUCACAGGUUGAGGGGACGAAAGCGAUUGCAACUCCUGGAAGUCAUGCGGACGUUAGUGGAAAAUUUCGGCGGAGUGGCAGUGGAGGUCCCCCGCCACCUUUACCAGCAAAGAGAUUCAAUCCUCAGACUGUAAUGGAGUUGCUGGAGAGAAUAAAAUUUACACAGUACUACAGAUUCCUGGUCGAUAAUGGUUACGAUCGUGUAGAUUUCUUAAAAGGAAUUUCUGAAGACGAUCUUGAAGGCAGUGACAUACCACCACAGGAAAGACAAAGGCUUGUUUCAGCAAUUCGGGCAGUGGUGAAGAACCUACCAAAUACAUAAGGUAGUACGAGAUAGAAGAAAAUAUGAAAGGAGAUUCAUAGUCGAUCCCUUCUGUUUAGAAGCAACAGAUACCUGGGCACAAAAGGAGCUGGCUAACAUGAGCAACGAUGUCACUCAGCUGCAAUCUUGUACCCAGAGCCUGCGUUUCUUCUGGCUUGCGGCAAAGGACGAUGGCUCUGGCAUAAUCCAUUUUUUGAGACUAGGGUUUCUUGGACUUCCGGUAUAACAGCGCAUGUGUUCGAAGACUUGCCCAAAGUUUUACUUUGUGUUUUUUUUCUUUGAUUUAAUAUUUACUUUGAUUAUUUUAAUUGGCUAUAUAUCACUUAUCGAAAAUUGCGCAUGCGCCAAAAUAUGGAUUAUGCCAGAGCCCUCCUCUUCGCCGCAGGCCAGACGAAACGCAGGCUCUGGGUACGAGAUUGACUCAGCUGUAAAUUAAAAUUGUUAAUGUUUUUACAGUUACUUUCCAUAGCUGUUUCGUUGGAGGAAACAUGAUCAUUAUAUCAAAUUGUAGCUCCAUUGAGUUGAUUAGGCCUAAAAUGAAUUACAUAGAAAUUCCUAAAACAGCCAAAAAUAAUUUCCCCGCUGUCAAAACAUUCUGAUCCCUUUGAUGGAAGAGGUAUGGAUAUUUCACUUUUAUACCGUUUCCAACCCUUCCGACUCCAUUGUGGAGGCAUGGAUAUUGUCUGGAAUUACACAAUAUACCCUCUUCAGACCCCGCCCCUUAGAAGUUCCAAUCCCCCUUCAUUGUGGAGGUAUAGAUAUUGUCUGGAAUUUAACAGUAUACCUACUUUAGAUCCUUUCCAUUCUCCAGCGACUAGAAAUCAUCAAGUGUGCAUAUUAAAUUGAAAUUAAUCAGCA